AUGUCCGCCGAAGAAGAAACAGUCCCUACCCAAAUCUGUAAAGAGGCAACUCAAGUCGCCGAAGAAGAAACAGUCCCUACAACGAUCUCUGAGCACGCAACUCAAACCGCCGAGAGAUUCGUGAACACGCUCAAUAGCAAUUUAGGAGCCUACGGCAUUGUUGGCCCGGCUUCUGCCGGUGGUGGCGCGAUGGCUGUCCGAUCCUUGGCAGCAUGGGUACAGUCUGCUAUAGAAGCAGAGAAUGCCGAUGAUACCCAUGCCGAAGGCUGGACAGAAGACCACUCUUUACAGAAUGUAAAGAUUCAAGCUGGAGGCAUCGCAAUAGACUCGUCAGGGAGAGGCUGUACCGUAAUUAAUGCGACGGUACAGGGUGACGGCUGGGUAACGAAGGUGUCGCCGAAGAACAUAGAGUUCAAUUCCUAUGUCGCGUGA